AUGCUUCUUGAGCCGCACCGCAAACCAAUGACCGCCCCCAACAAUCAAUCCACCAAAAUAUCCCAGCAAUCCAUCUCCUCAGUGUCCGCAUUAAAGUUUUUCGGCAAGAAGCUGCUGAGCUCGAGGCACGAGAGCAAGUUGAAGAAGAAGGCGUCGCUCCCCCCGGACAUCCACUCUGCUAGUGCGGCCAAGAGCGUGGCCUCUAGCUCAAAAUCCUCCAGCUCGUUGAAAAGCUCCCGCCUCACCAAUCCGUUUGUCCACACGGACAGCACCCGUUCAUCAUCCAGGGCCACCGGCAUACCUUCUUCCACCCCCAGAGCGAACAGAUACCCGUCCACGCCCCGCCAUGCGUCGAGCACGAAGCUCAGCAACGAGCGCAUCGUGUACAACCCGUACGGCGUGUCCACGGCGGGCACGUCGCUGUCCUCGGUCUCCACGCCCACAAAGAAGGACCCGGACCUCGGGUUCUACCUGCACGACGGCGACUCUAACAUCCGCAUGCUGCCCAUCCCCAUCGUGGACCCGAACGAGUAUCUACCAGACACCAUGAAGGAGGUCAGCGUGCAGAUGUCCGACAACUUCGUGUUCGACGACGAGAACAAAACCAUCGGCUGGGGCGGCUCGUGCGAAGUCCGCAAGGUCCGGUCCAAGUUCCGCAAGAAGGACGUGUUUGCCCUCAAAAAGCUGAACAUGAUCUACGACGAGACGCCGGAGAAGUUCUACCAGCGCUGCUCGAGGGAGUUCAUCAUCGCGAAACAACUGAGCGGCCACGUGCACAUCACCAACACUUUCCUGCUGGUCAAAGUGCCCACCACAGUGUACACCACGCGCGGCUGGGGGUUCGUGAUGGAGUUGGGCCUGCGCGACCUGUUUGCGAUGAUCCAAAGGUCCGGGUGGCGAAACGUGGCACUGGCGGAGAAGUUUUGCAUCUUCAAGCAGGUGGCGCGCGGCGUGAAGUUCUGCCACGACCAGGGCAUUGCCCAUCGCGACAUCAAACCGGAGAACGUGCUACUAUCGCCGGACGGCGUGUGCAAGCUGACAGACUUCGGCAUCUCUGACUGGUACCACAAGGACCCGCACGACCCGGCCAGCCCGGUGAAACAAUGCGCAGGCAUGAUCGGCUCGCCGCCCUAUGCCCCGCCGGAGGUGAUGUACUACGACAGCAAGAAGCACUACGACCGGAAACUGCAGCAGCCUUACGACCCUCGCGCACUGGACUGCUACGGCUUGGGCAUCAUUCUCAUGACACUCGUCAACAACACCAUUCCUUUCAUGGAGUCGUGCACUUUUGACAGCGGCUUCCGCGAUUACUGUGCCGCGUACGACAACUUUGUGCGCUUACACAACCGCGGCUUCCGCGAACGCGGCAACUACCGCCCGGGGCCAGGCACAGAAUACCA